AUGAAAAUUGCGCUUGUUACGCUGGUGGCGGUCUUGCAUAUUGCAAAAACACAGAAAGUGUCAACUGAAGAUGGCCCACUUCUUGGACAACGUCUGUCACUGUUGGGCAAGUCCCUUGACGUAUUCUAUGGAAUCCCAUAUGCCAAGCCUCCUGUAGGUGAUCUCCGCUUCAAGCACCCCCAACCUUCAGAGUCAUGGGGACCGGAUGUUAGAGAUGCACAGAAACCAACGCCAUCUUGCAUUCAACCUGAAGAUGUAUUCACAUCUCCAGAGGUUUACAGACAGGUCCCGGAUGAUACCAGUGAAGACUGCCUUCAUCUUACAGUGUGGGCGCCAUCAGACAAUGCUGGCAAUCUGGCAGUGAUGGUCUGGAUCUACGGGGGAGGUUUCUAUUUUGGAUCUUCACGAAUGCCACUAUAUGAAGGAAAAUAUCUGGCAGCAGAGAAUGACAUCAUCGUUGUUUCAAUGAAUUACAGACUGGGGCCAUUAGGGUUCAGCUAUCUGGGGCCAGAUACCAUCCCUGGAAACAUGGGCUUGAUGGAUCAACGACUUGCCUUACAGUGGGUGAAAGACAACAUUGCCAACUUUGGUGGAGAUCCAUCUCGGGUGACAAUAUUUGGAGAAAGUGCUGGUGGUGUCAGCGUAGGACACCACCUGGUGUCACCAUUGUCACGUGACUUAUUUCAGAGAGCCAUCAUGCAGAGCGGAUCCCCGAAUUUCCCAUGGGCUUACACUUUCACACACACAGCAAAACGGAAAUUGAAGCAGUUUGCUGAUCUCCUUGGAUGCCCGUCAUCUUCAACUGAUGCAGAGAUCUAUGACUGUGUAAAGAAAGCAGAUGCUCAAACUAUGGCAGACCUUCAGCUUAGUGAUUUGUUAGAUGAAGGACUUGCAUUUGGUCCAGUUGUGGAUGGGCACUUCCUCCCCAAUGACCCCCAAACUCUUCUGACCACCGGUUCCAACAAGCAGGCUAGUGUAAUGCAUGGUUUUACUAAAGACGAGUUAACAUUGUCUAUAGCAGUUGCUUUGAAGCAGAUGAGAAACAUAUCUUCAUUACCGGAAACAUUGAUUUUAAGCCGCACAGAGUAUGAAAGUUUUCUUUCCUAUGAUAGAAUAGGUGGUAAAGGAUUUGAAGAGCCUCUUCGCCUGUUUUAUGAAAGUCAAACAUCCCGUCUUAGGGACACUCACUAUUUGGAUGUCAUGACUCGCAUGAUGUCAGAUAGGGAUUUCAAGUGUCCUCAUCUUGAGUUUGACAGAUUGUACUCUCCUGCCAACCCUACCUACGUGUACAGUUUUAAUCACCGACUAUCAGUUAGUCCGUAUCCAAAGUGGAUAGGAGCAACCCAUUGGUAUGAUGUUGAGUUUGUGUUUGGUUUGGUCCUGGAAAAGUCUCUGGGAUGUACAGAGGAGGAGAUGGAACUCAGCAGGACCAUCAUGACCUAUUGGACCAACUUUGCCAAGUCAGGCAACCCUAACACUCCUGUCCCCGUCAAGGUGAACUGGCCAACCUCUGACAACACUGAUCUCUCCUACAUGGCUCUUGACGUGGGCAGCAACUUAGCAGCGGGACACGGGGUAGUCCACCACGAAUGUGUCUUCAUCAACAGGAUUCUACCCAUGAUUUCUAAAGACCCACCGGAGGGGCAGGAGUACUGCACAAGAGGAUGAAAGGACAGCAUCAUACUAAUCUGACCCAAGUUAAAAUACUGAUACAUCAUUAACUUUUAAAGCUGUUUUGAACUGUAUCUAAAGUCUCCAGAGAUAUUGUGAUGCUGUUUAUACAGCUUAACCGCCAAUCACAGUCACUUCCACAAUCACCCGACCACAGCCAAUACACCU